CCACUCUGCCCUCCAGGGCCUCAGCAGGCACGGUCCUCUAGGAAACGAAAUGGGAGGGGACACCACUUUCAGAAAGGUCAUUGGAACUCUGGGAGCUCCUGCGGGUCCUUGCGUUUUUCUAGGGAGACAUGCAGGCAAGAGCCAGGGCUAGCUAGCAAGUGCAGCCUCUGCUGCCUCUCCAGGCUGGCUGCCCCCACCUCGAGGAGAAGGAUGAAGUGGCAGGCUUUUUGGACAGGAUUGGAAUAUUUCUGUCGCUUCCUGGGCAUCUCCACGGCAGCAGUGCUAAUCGGCGUGGGAGUUGAAACUUUCCUCCAAGGACAAUUCAAAAGCCUGGCUUUCUAUCUUCUGUUUUCCGGGACUGCAGUCUCCAUCUGUGAAGGGUCCUACUUUGUGGCUAAGCUGCUUUCCCUCUGCUUCAGGUGUCAACCAGAAUCUCUGGCCUAUGUCUUGUGGGAAAAGGCCUGCAGGCUGGGCUGCUUCCAGAAAUUCCUGGGCUAUGUGCUGCUUUCUGUGGCCUGCUUUCUGCACCCAGUGCUGGUCUGGCAUGUGACCAUCCCAGGGUCUCUGCUGAUCAUCACUGGCCUGGCAUACUUCCUCCUGAGUAAACGUAAGAAAAACAAAGCUAGCUGCCCCCCAGAACAGUACACGGACCCCUCUGCUAGUGCUGUGAGCACCACCGGAUAUGGGGAUACUGAGCAAACAUACACCUUCCACAGCUCCUUCAGGGAAGGGCCGACCUCCCUCUUUGGCCACGUGAAAAGCAUUUUGAAGGGUAACAAAAAGUCUGCCCCAGCCAGGCCCCCAGACACGCUGAUGGAGCUGGUGCUGGAUCCAGCUGAUUUGCUACCUGGAAAGAAGCAGGUGCACUUCGAAGAGAAGGUGGUCAAAAUCAUCCCCUCCGUCACCGAGAGCCUGGACGACAGGGACAGUGAACCGGAGGAGACCACCUCGGAUACCGUGCCCAUCAUUCCCCCUCCAGAGGCCCCUCUCCUUAUGUCUUCUCUCACAUCCACAGGCUUGUUUUGAAGAGCACAUAGAGUUCUCCUUUCAUUAUUCAUCACAGUGGGCCUGAAAGGGUACCCAUCCCCCAGGGGUUCCCAAAGAAUAUUCCAUCUCAUGUUACCACCCUUCUAAAAGCCUCUGAGUUCAAAGACUCUCCAAGGAAUUCAUGAGGCCUAAAAAGGAUUUGAGUUUCCGAAUGUCCCCAAGGAACUCAUGGAAUCUCCAAGGAAGACCCUACAAAAUGACACAGCAACUCUUGAUGUAUGGUUAGUAAGGCUCAUUUCCUCUCAUAUUAUGGCUGGGCUGAGACCUAGGAACAUAAAGUAACUUGCUAAAUGGUUAGUCCACAUUUCCGAGUCAAGAACAACACUCUUUCUAUCUCCAAGAACUUUACAUUGUAGGUUUUUGGUUUUACUUUUAUUUUUUCAAGAGAAGCCCUUCACACUCAUUGCACAGAAUGACAGAAUUCUCUCGGCAAAGGGACUGCUAGAUUGGGCCCAGAGACUGAAUUGCCAGUGUACUACCUUGCUAUAUCCCACCUUUUUUUUUUCUCCUGUGCAUUGUACACAGCCCUGUCUGUUACCUCAUGGCUAUUGAUCAAGACUAUAUCCAGUCCUUUAGUCCAGAAAUAGUCCAGCACCCAGAGUAGCCCUCUGUCGGUCAUCUAAGUUUAUAUGUCUCAGCUGUAGUUAUCCAGGGAAUCCGUGUGCCUUUUGAACAAGCUCAAAAGACAUACAAUCUUGUUGAAUUUAGAGUCUAUCAACAGUAUUUAUUAAAUGCCUCCUGUAUGUUUUGGUGCCAUGAGGGGUUAUAAAGAAAAGAAGUGCAGUAAAAGUUCACGUUUGAAAGUUGGCCACCAGAUAAUGCAUUGUGCUGGCUUUGGUGGCCCACGAAGAGGACAAACGUCACUAAUUAGUUUUAAGUGGGAGGGAAAAAGAGUCUGAAUAAGGGAAUGAGAAUUUCAUAACAAUUCUCAGGUAAUUCCCACAGCACUCAUUCUGAGAAUAUUUUUUCCAGUUUCCAAAGAGGUGUGGGAACCCUGGAAUCUAAGAGGAACUGAGAGCAUUGAGAAUUCAUCUGCUGUGAUGUCAUGACACAGAGCAUCAAUGCUAAGUGUAUUACACAAGCAAAGUUCAACAUGGAGAGAGACGCUACAAGAGGUCUUGCAACUCUCAGGGCUUUGGGGUUGGGCUUGAUGGCCUCUGGGGUCACUUCUGACUCUGGCCUUCUGUGAUUCUGUGACAAGGUCUCUUCAUCACAUCCUGGAUAAGAGGACAACCCUGACAUUAGCAAAUCUUCAUAAGGAAAUGAAAGAUGAUGUCUUUUAGGAGCUCACAGCAGCCGAAGAAAUUAAUCCCAUUGAUUAACAGUGUAUUGCCUAGGGGCAGCUGGGUGGCCCAAAGAAUAGAGCACCAGCCUUGGAGGCAGUGAACCCACCUCCCCCCCAGUUCAAAUCUGGCCUCAGGCACUUCCUACCUGUGUGACCCUGGGCAAGUUAAAAAACAACAACUACACACAAGACGUUGCCUAGUAAAGGUCUCUAAGAAGGUUUUUUUUAAUAAUAAUUUGUAAUUAACAUUUCAAUUGUAUAUAAAUAUAUAUUCUAAGGUUCUAUAAAGCAGUUUAUCUGCUUUUGAUAAACAAAAACAUCUCUCCCACAAUUCUGUUUGCACUAUUAAUUUGCACUUUCUCCAGAGGCUUAGUAAACAGAAGCCAAGGCCAGCCUAGUCUCUUUAGGUGAGAAAGGAGAAGUAAAGAGAGGGAGGAAGAGCAGAGAAGGUGAAAAGAGAAAAGAAGGUGAGCAGUGUGAGACAGGAUGGGGUGGAGCAGCAGAGUUGGGGAGAGAGCUCAGGAAAAGGAAGAUGGGGCAUGAGUGUUUGAGGAACAAAGCAUACCAGGCUGUAGAUUCCUCUGUGGCCUAGAAGGGUCGUGAGCCCUUGCUGGUAUCCUGAAUCAAGGCCAUCCCUCAGGACUAGAAAGAGCAUUGUCUAGGCCAGGGGUGGGGAUCUGAAGCCCAUGCCACCUUUGUUUCUAAUUAGCAGUGCGGUCUUAGCAAAGUCACCUCCUCUCUCAAUCUCAGUUUCUUCAUCUAAAAGGAAGGCCAUCGAUUAAAUGACUUUGCAGGUCCCUUGCAGCUCUAAAUUUAUGUUUCUCAUAAAUUUCACAGUAAUCAAAUCUAAAUAAAUCUAGUUGCAUUUAAUCUUAGAGGAAAACAGCGCAAAUGCCCAAGAGAACUCCAUUUCCCCUAAUAAUGAGGAUCUAUAUAGUUAGAGGAAAAAAACAAAUUAAAGUGCUGGUAGCAAACUUGGAGUGCAGGAGUGUGUUGCAUUUCGAAGUGGGUUGCCCAUCACAGAUCUCCAAAGAAGGCCUUCCCAAGGGAGUAAACCGUCACCAUGUCAUUCCUGAGAUGUGCUAGAAGGAAGCAUGCAUAUUUCAAGCACUUAAAAGAGCCUGGAUAGAACAGUAGGUGGAGGGUUGACCUCAGUGCUGGGAAGAGCCAAAUCCAAGACAUUAUUCCUCUGCUAGGCAAACUGCCUGUGUGACCCUAGUCAAGCCACUUCACUUCUCGGUAACCUAGGUCACUCGGGAAGGCUGUAAGUUGCACAGCAGGUGCUGACCUCUUAGUAGAGAGAGUUUCCUUAAUCAGAUAUUCCCUCGAAUGAAAAAACCACAGGUCUAUUAUUGUUCCUAGCCCUCAAAAGCCAGAUGUUACAAGCAUCCAGCAGUUGGUCAGUACCUCUGUAUUGUUUUCACUGAAUUUAGCCAGGGACUGGUUGUUGCUGUUUGCCCUUUGUUCUGGAAGAGGACCAAUGACCUUGUGAGACUGGACUCUGGAGUGGAAAGGCCUAAAGUGGGGGGAGGGGGAGUUAUUCUCAGUCUGUCAUGCUAAGUUUUAAUAAACACUUGAAAAACAA